GUAUUAAAGAUGGAGGGAAAUUUUGCAGCCAUCCGCCAUUUUCUUUCGUUCGUGAAGCUUGGUAACCAUACCAGUCAUAGAUGGAAGGUGAAUGGGUACUAACCUAGUGACAAAAUGGCGGACGAGUUGGAAAUUUUGCGGCAAGAGAUUGAACGAAAAUCUUUGGAACUUGAAUCAAUGAAAAUACUAUUGGCACGAAAGGAAAAAGAACAAAGAUCCGCAGAGGCCUCUAUCUUAACAUCGUCACAUUCCUCAAGUUUCGUGGCACCAGAAAAAAAGGAAAGACUUAAUAAUGAUGACAUUUUACGCUACAGCAGGCAACUUAUCUUACCAGAGAUUGGUGUAAAGGGACAGAUAAAAUUGUGUAAUGCUUCAAUCCUGAUUGUUGGUGCUGGUGGUCUUGGGUGUCCUGCGGCACAGUAUCUGGCAGCUGCUGGAGUAGGUAUGCAACUACCGGUAUAUAGUAUAUAAAAAGAUUGGAAUAGACAGAGUCCCAUAGAUGUUUCAUUAAAAUAGUUAACUCUUAGGCAACCUAGUAGAUGUGAACACUUGAAUCAGAUAUCUUGCUUAAGUUGCAAAUUAGACAACAUAACUUUUGUUUCAAGUGAAUAUAUGAAAGAUCAUAUAUUUGAACUGCAGAGAAAGAUACAAAGACUUGA